AUGAUAGACCUGUUUCGUUGCUGCGAAAGAGUGAUCACUGAAGAAGGCAUCAUCAUCGAGACCUCGAAUCACUUUCUCGAGCCAGGCGAGGUUCUACCGCAGCCCGGCCCAUCGCAGCGUAGCCCGCCGAAGGACGACAAGAAGGGCAACAAGGAUGGCAAGAAGGAUAAGAAGAAGGACAAGAACAAAGGCAGCUCCACAUCAUCCGCCGGAGAUGAACUGCCAGAGCCAAAUCCACCGUCGCCUCAAACUCGCACCGAGGUAGGCCCUCCAGUGACAAUCUCCCAACGUCUGGAUCUAGGCGAACGCCGCCGGAUUACUGUCCGCCCUCUGCGACCGAGGGAGAACGUGCGGGGUUGGGGGACGGCCUAUUUUGGAAUGGCGGAGGCUGAGGAUGAGGAUGAGGAUGAGGAUGGGGAUCAGUUUCCCUAUGGUACCAGGGUGUGAAGCGUUGGGCGGAUGGCUUGCAAGGGGGGAAGGCUAGUCCUAU